AUGCGUUGGAACAAAGGUUUCUCGCGCUGGAUCGCUGGUGCCUGUAUCCCCUUCAUUAUCCUCUCCCUUUGGUAUUUUCAACACGACCGCACUCCUUCGAUCCCCGUGACUAAAAGCAGCUUUGACUGGUCGACAUUGAAAGUCCACCACCCGUUCCCCUCGACAACAAGCCUCCCUUCUGGCCAACCUCGACGGUUGCCCCGGAUUCAACACAAGUUUGGCCACGAGUCAAGAGCCGCGGCAUCCAUACAACAAAAACGGCGAGAUACCGUACGCAGGGCCUUUACAAGGUGUUGGGAGAGUUAUAAAAAAUAUGCGUGGAUGCAAGAUGAGUUACUGCCUGUUAGUGCUACCAGCCGGAACAACUAUGCAGGGUGGGCUGCCACUCUAGUCGACUCGCUUGAUACUCUCUGGAUCAUGGGCUUAGAAGAAGAAUUCCAUGAGGCUGUUAGAGCGGUGGCGGUCAUUGAUUGGAACACGACACCGGAGACUGCCUGCAAUGUCUUUGAGACCACCAUCAGACAUCUGGGAGGCUUACUCUCCGCCUAUGAUUUAAGCGGACAUCCAACCUUGUUGCAAAAAGCUGCCGAACUUGGCGAUAUGCUAUAUAUGGCGUUUGAUACGCCCAGCGGGUUGCCGCCAUUUUGGCUUAACUUCGAGAAGGCUAAGACAGGAGGUCUUGUUGCCGGAGACCAUGAGCCAUCUGCGUCCUCGGCCACACUCUCUAUGGAGUUUACGCGAUUGUCACAACUCACACACAAUCCAAAGUACUACAAUGCCAUCUCGAGAGUGACAAAUUUGAUGGACCGGGCUCAAAACAAGACCAAAUUGCCCGGCAUGUGGCCUGCAUUUUGGGAUUUGAGAAAUAAAGAUCUGACAGACGAUAACUCAUUCACUUUGGGCGCCCUUGCUGAUUCGAUUUACGAAUACUUACCCAAGAUGUAUGCUCUACUUGGUGGACUAGGACCGGUAUAUGAGAAGAUGUACAAAGAUGCGGCCAGCACAAUCAAGGACAAUCUCCUUUUCCGCCCCAUGAUCCCCGACAACAACGACAUUUUAUUCUCUGGUUCGGCCUCGGUCGACAACCACAAAGUUCAUCUGAACCCCGAAGGCCAACAUCUGGCCUGCUUCAUUGGCGGUAUGUAUGGACUGGGUGGCAAACUCUUUGGUCUCCAGGAGCACGUCGACCUGGGUAUGAAGCUAACCAAUGGCUGCAUCUGGGCAUAUCGCUCCUUCAGAACCGGCAUUAUGCCGGAGUACUUCAACAUGGCCAUUUGUGACACGCUUGAUGGCUGUUCAUGGGACGAAAAAAGGUGGCGUCGCGAACUUGCAGCAGACGAACAUGGAUCUGCCCGUCUACCUCAAGGUUUCACCAAUGCCCGGGUACCCUCUUAUAGCCUCCGACCCGAAGCCAUCGAAAGUGUAUUCUUGUUGUAUCGAAUGACCGGACACGAAGGGCUUCGAGAUGCCGCCUGGGACAUGUUUGAGUCAAUUCAGAAGGCCACCUCGACGGCGUACUGCAAUGCUGCUAUAGACGACGUCAAUUCGAAUGCACCACGCCAAACUGAUUCGAUGGAGAGCUUCUGGCUUGCCGAGACACUCAAGUACUUCUAUCUGAUUUUCUCACCUCCCGACCUCAUCGACCUAGACGAAUGGGUACUGAACACGGAGGCACAUCCUUUCCGGAUCCCGAGAUGA